CAGGUCACCUGGCAGCCUUGCACGCAGCGGCUGACAAUCGAGCUGAGCAUCACCAUUGGACCACGUCCAACCUCGGCGCCUUGCAAACGGUCAACUGCGCAUUGUCACGCCCGAGAAUAAGCAGGGGACGACUUUUGGUGCUUUUUUUCAAGAAAAGGGAGGCGCCACCGAGCAGCUUACUACUUCUUCUGCCUGUUUCCUCGAGUCACGGCCCGUACGAGUCACGAUCAGAACACCGAACACGCUGUCAGCUUGCUGGCUGGACCGCGACAUCACUCAGAGUGGAACGUAGCACCACGCAAAUUCGACUGCACACCCCCAGGCGGAUCCUGAGAGCGGCGCGCUCUCCCACGCCACAGCUAUGCACCGAAAGAACCCAAUCUCCGUCCUCGUGUACAACGCGCUCUUCCCUAAUCCCUCGCCAAACGACCCGCCCUCCUUCUCAGCACAUCUCUCCAAGAACCUUGUGGGUGAGGUCCGCAUUGAAACCGCCACCUUCUACGGCUCUCUCGACACCAUCGAAGCGCGAUACCCGGGCCUCAACUACGCACAUGCACCACACCGCAAGCGCCUCGGCCGCUUCCCGCACCACAAAAAGCUAUUCGACGCCUUCGACAGACUGAACCUCACCGACAGCGAGAUCCAGGGCUUCUGCAGAUGGGAAGGCACACUCUGGGCGCGGGAACGGUACGAGCGCGACGAGGGCGUCAAGGUACGGGACACGACGGGCAUGGAGAUCGGGGAGUGGGUUGACCGGCGGCGAACCACCUCCUCACGAAGACGGAACGGCAUCAACGUCAAAACCGACAUCGAAGUCGAGAUCGAAGAGGUGCCAUCCUCCACCGAAAUCACCGACUCCGUGCGGCCCGUCGACACAGAGAUGCAGGACUCGAGCGAGGACGAAGAUGACGGCGACAACGAGCAGGUGUUGGACGAGAGCGUGGGCUUCGCGCUCAACCAGCGGCUUUUGCAGGCCGCGGCGCUGCGGGAGCAGGGCCAGGACGCGCCCAUGGACCCAGAGUGGGAGCAGUACCUCAAGGACGCGCAGGAGCGCGGCGAGCACAGCAUCGAGCAUCUCGGCAUUUCGCCGACCAUAUCCGGCGACAUCGCGGGCUUCGAUGCCAUGUCGGAGGGCCCAUCGGCACCCUCGCAGCCCUACCCGCCUGUUGCCCCCGCAUGAGCAGCCCGCCCCCGGUCCAGUGUAGUCCUCGAUUCCGGUCGCCGUCUCGCAACGCAACAAUACAAUACCCACAUUCCAAGCGUCGUCCCAUUCAGCACCCACCUGUCCGUCGCGCAAACGACACCCCUCCAUACCGGUC